AUGCCUGCAUAUCAAGGCGAUGACUUGGUGGGUGAUAUUCGGGUACUGCAUCGUGUAUUUUGGAGUUAUUACCUUUGUAUUAGGGUAUUCAGACAUUGUAAGCCAAUUGUCCAGGUGGAUGGGACUCACUUGUACGGAAAGUAUAAGGGUUGUCUGCUUGUGGCAGUUUCACAGGAUGGCAACAACAAUAUCGUCCCGAUUGCGUUUGCUAUUGUUGAGGGAGAGACUUUUGAGGCAUGGCAUUUUUUCCUUAGUAACCUCCGUCAACAUGUUGUUACUCGGGAUGGAGUGGGUCUAAUAUCUGACAGGCACGAGUCCAUCAAUGCAGCUGUGGAGCGUAGUAACGGAGCUUGGUCACCUCCUAGAGCUUUUCAUAUGUUUUGCAUCAGGCAUAUAGAGUCGAAUUUUCUGAGAAAGUUCAAGGCACCGCACCUCCAAAAACUGGUCGUUAACAUCGGAUAUUCCAGGACGGUGCGGGAGUACGAAGUGCGUUACCAGCGGUUAAGAGACCGCGGCGAGGCGUACACAAAUUGGUUAAACCGAAUUCCUCGCGAACAGUACGCAUUGGCCUUUGAUGUCGGGUACCGAUGGGGUCACAUGACGACGAAUCUAGUGGAGUGCAUCAACUCAGUUUUGAAUGGUGCACACAAUCUUCCCAUUACUGCUCUUGUGAAGGCAACAUUUUACAGGCUAAAUGAGUUGUUCACCCGUAAAAGAGCGAAGGCGGAAGCCCGGAUCAAUGCUGGCCAUGUGUUUUCUGAGAUAGUGACAUCGAAGUUGCAUGCAAACCAACUUGCAUUAGGAAACAUCCAGGUGGACCGGAUUCCCUGCAGACAUGUGUUCGCAUGUUGUGCCAACCAGCGACUGGAUUGGCGACUGUAUGUUCAUGAUGUGUAUAAGAUGGAUCAAGUGCGGCGGGUGUACCGAGCACGGUUUAGGCCACUAGGUAAUCCCACUACAUGGCCUGCUUACAACGGACCUCAGUUCAUACCAAAUCCGUACCUGCAACGGGUGGAGAAAGGUCACCCUAGGAUGACGCGCUUUCUGAGUGAGAUGGACACGAGGAUGUUACGUUGUCCUAGGCAAUGUACUCUAUGUGGUGCUGAGGGACAUAGUCGAAGCAGAUGCCGUCGGUCAGUUGGUUCAAAUACCAACAGAGAUGCCCCAUAG